UUUCGUUCAUGAGAAAUUCACUCUAUCUUGUUGCUGCUCAUUCUCAGCACCAAAUCUUUACACAUCUAAUAGGACCAUGUCAGUUUCUCGCCAAACAACAUACUCUGUUGGAGGAACCAAAAAAGGUUUCAGUGCUGCUUCUGCUGUCCCAUCAGGGGCUGCCCGCACCAGCUUCAGCACUCACUCUGUCAGCCGCUCUGGUUGUGGAGGUGCCACCUCUGGCCGUGCUAGUUAUGGUGGCUUUGGCAGCAGAAGUCUUCACAAUUUAGGAGGGAGCAAAAGAAUUUCCAUCAGUUCUCAGUCUCGUCAUGGAUACGGUUCUGGGUAUGGUGCUGGUAGUGGAGCUGGCUUUGGUGGAGGACUGGGAUCUGGAUUUGGUGUCGGACAAGGAUUUGGCGGUGGCCCUGGGUUUCCAGUGUGCCCUCCUGGAGGAAUCCAAGAAGUUACUAUUAACCAGAGCCUCUUAGCUCCUCUGAAUUUGGAAAUUGACCCAAACAUUCAAAGAGUUCGUACAGAAGAAAGGGAACAAAUUAAGACCCUUAACAACAAAUUUGCCUCCUUCAUUGACAAAGUCCGAUUCUUAGAGCAACAGAACCAAGUACUGGAAACCAAAUGGAGACUCUUACAAGAGCAGGGUGUCAAAACAGUGAAAAAAUCCUUGGAACCCAUGUUUGAAGCUUAUAUUAACGCCCUAAGGAGACAACUGGAUGGUCUGGGAAAUGACAAAGCCCGUUUGGAUUCUGAACUGAGACAAAUGCAAGAUGCUGUUGAAGAUUUUAAGGCCAAGUAUGAAGAAGAAAUUAACAAGCGCACAGCUGCAGAGAAUGAAUUUGUUGUGCUGAAAAAGGAUGUGGAUGGUGCCUUCCUGAACAAGGUGGAACUGGAAGCUAAGGCGGAUGCUCUGAAAGAUGAAAUCAACUUCUUAAGAGCUGUCUUUGAUGCGGAGCUCAGCCAGAUGCAGGCACAGAUCUCGGAUACUUCAGUCGUUUUGUCCAUGGACAACAACAGAGCUCUGGACAUGGACAGUAUCAUUGCUGAAGUUAAAGCUCAGUAUGAAGAUAUUGCCAACAGAAGCCGGGCAGAAGCAGAGUCCUUGUAUCAAUCAAAAUACGAAGAACUGCAAGUUUCUGCUGGAAGACACGGUGAUGACCUGAAAAAUACCAAGGCUGAAAUCUCUGAGCUUAAUCGUAUGAUCAACAGACUACGUUCUGAAAUUGAAAGUGUUAAGAAACAGUGUGCCAACCUUCAGAGUGCAAUUGCUGAGGCUGAGAAUCGUGGAGAGCUUGCAUUGAAGGAUGCCAAAAACAAGUUGGCUGAGUUGGAAGCUGCUCUACAGAAGGCCAAGCAGGACAUGGCUCGCCAGCUGCACGAAUACCAGGAGCUGAUGAACGUGAAAUUGGCUCUGGAUAUUGAGAUCGCCACCUACAGGACGCUCCUGGAAGGAGAGGAGUGCAGGUUGGCAGGAGAAGGAGUGGGACCUGUAAACAUCUCUGUUGUGAGCUCAAGCUACGGUGGCAGCAGUGGAGCUGGUCAUGGAUAUGGAGUUGGCGGUGGAAGUGGAUACGGUUCCGGUAUUGGACACGGAAUUGGUGGAGGAUACAGUGUAGGAGGUGGAAGCUUCAGUGCAAACAGUGGAAAGGUUGCAAGCUUCGGCUCCUCAGGUGGCAGCAGCUCAAGUAUAAAAGUUGUGUCGAAAACAUCCACAAGCUCCAAGAGAUAUUAAAGUCUUUACUCAUGCUAUGUUGUGAGCAGCUGCAAUCCUCGAUACUGUGGUAACAUGUGGCUUAAAAUGUACUUUAUUAUAUGAUUAUAUGUUUUCCACCACACAUUCUCUGUAUCUAUUUGCUUGAUGUAAAAACUGUUUUAAAGUCAGCAAUUUUUCACCCCUACAAUUGUCACCUAGUAUUAAAAGACUAAGCAUGUCUAGUUAUUGCAUACGCUUUUCUACACAUGGUAUGAAAAUGGUUUUACAUGUUUUUUUGCAAAUGGGCUGAAAUGUUUCCUGCUAGUGUAAAGAGGCUAUGGAUUUUUCUGCCAAUAUGUCUUUCUAAUAAUCCUUCAAUAAACUGCAAUCAUUAUAAAAA